GUGGCCGAUGAUUGGCCCACGCGAAGGGCGCAAAAUUUAAAUAUUCGAGUGAUGAGCACGGGGAGUGCUGGGUCUUGAAAAAUUCCGUACGAAAUUUAGCAAUAUCUAGUCGUAAUGAGCACCUGCCGUCAAUUAUUCACCUAAUCGAAAACGCGCGACGAACACGAACACAGUCAACAUCAAACCAUGAAGAAACUUAAGGCGAGAGAAGUCUGAAAACACCACCCGCAUCAACAGAAUGAAGGCCCUCCAUGCCACCCUGACGAGUUUCGGUGAGAUGUGGUACCAAAUAUUUGUGUGGGCCCUUUUGUCAUCUUUUGUUAUCCACGUCGCUGCCGCAGCUAUUUCCUUUGCCAUCCUCAGAAGGCAUCGAAUCGGAAAAUUUUUUCCACUCUUGCUGUUGCUGAUGGGCAUAGCCACCCCACUGACAUCUGGAGCAGUCAACUCUGCUGUCAUUGCAUUCAUCUAUGUGGCUGCAAAGUUCACCAUGAUUGAGUGGCACGCGCUUAUGUGGGGAAUGGGCCAGACGGCGCUGGCCGCCGGCAUCGGUAUCACUCGAAUCCUGGCCACCCUCUGACUGGACCAAAGGUUGCGCCAGACAAUAAGUAUAUCACCACUAACGCGUUGGGCAUGCUCAUUUUGUUGGGACAAGACUGUUGUUCACGCCAUCAUUGCCAAGGCCAAUUAAUGCUACUAUUAUAAUUCCAAGUCAUCAAAAGAUUAAUGAUACACAUGACGACGCUGUUUAUUUUUCCUAUAUUUGAAUGUGCGUACAAAUAACAAUUACAAGUAAUUAAAGUGAGCGUUAAGUUACAAGUUAA